UAUCAUUGGUGUCAGUGGGAGGAAAAGUGCCCCAUCCUUGGUGUCAAUGAAAGGAAUAGUGUCCCAUCAUUAGUAUUAUUGGGAGGAAUAAUGUCCCAUUGUUGGUAUCAUUGGGAGGAAUACUUCCUCAACAUUGGGGUUGGUGGUAGGAAACGUUCUCCUUUAUUGGUAUUGGUGAGAGGAAUAGUUCUUCAUUGUUGGUGUUGGUGAAGAAAUAGUACCUCACUUAUUGUAUCAGUGGGAGGAAUAGUGCCCCUUUAU